AUGAGCUCAACCGAAACCCCAGCGUCAAGCCUGAGCAGUGCGGCCUUGCAGACCUCCUUCACGGUCAGUAGCGACGCCGGCGUUGAUCUCAAGGUGUCGACCAAAUUGAUGCAUCCAAGAUCUGGCCAAACGACCUCUAUCGAACUGGCAGAUUCUCUCUCGACUCCGCCGAGAGCCGCUGGCUGUCAUUUCGUCGUGACCGGCACCGCGUCCUCGUCCGAAAGCUCGGAGCAUCUCCUAGAUGACCGCUGUAUCUGGGCCAUUGCUCAAUCUAUGCUAGAGGACAUCAACUCGCUUCGCGACGGCUGGCUCCACAUCUCCGCACUUCAUGCGAGGUCAUCUGCGUAUGUCGAGACGGAGGGAGAUGCAAGCACGAGCAAUGCCGGUUCUGCUCAUCUUGAGGCGAUUCGACAUUCCAUCGUGGUGAUGUUGGCUCCAGCGAGCAUCCCUGACAGAGGCACGGUCAACAGACGCUGGCAAGUCGACUUGGACUGGACCGACUCGCGCGUCGAGCGAACCAGAGCUCUCGCGGAUCUCUUAUCUUCUCCGACUUUGCCGUCCCAGCUGCGAGAUCUCGUGAGCCAGAUGACGUCGCGUCUUCUGCUUGAAACCCUGCUUGCGGAUCCCGAGAUUGCAGAGCUAUACCACCGUUCCUGGCAGCAGCGCCAACAGGACGUCUCUCCGUUGAUCGACAGUAUCGCCAACUCUAUGCGUUCUCUCGCUGCAAAUGCGACCAAGAGCGUGGAGCUCGAUGCCUUGCUGCAUCAACUUGAGCCGACAAAGGAGAUUCCCAGCGUCAUAACGGUCAGUAACAUCCUGACCCGCAUGGAUAUUGCUGCUCAUCCGCCUACGAGAGAACGACGGUCACCUGCGAGAGCGCGGCGCAAGCGCUCCGAUCAAAGCGAUCCCACGGAGGACGCGAUCGUCGGACUGGCGCCGGGUGCGAGCGACAGCGACUACAGCUGGAUAGACACAGAGGCAGAGCCGUCGACAGUUGACGUCCGAGGAGAACACAAUCUCGACAAUGUCCCUUCGUCGCCCUUCGCGCCCGAAGCGGGCUAUCACGAGGAAGCAGAGGAGACGAAUGCAAGCUUUGAAGAUCCGUUCAGCUUCUAA